AGCGCGCCUCCCGCUGCCGGCCCGCGCGCUUUCGGAGCGCCAUGAGCCUGUGGGCCGACAAGCACCGGCCCGGCGCCCUCGCCCGCCUCGACUUCCACCGCGAGCAGGCGGCGCGGCUCCGCAACCUGGUUCAAUGUGGUGACUUUCCUCAUCUGUUGGUGUAUGGACCAUCAGGAGCUGGAAAAAAGACAAGAAUAAUGUGUUUGUUAAGGGAAUUAUAUGGUGCAGGAGUGGAGAAACUGAGGAUUGAGCAUCAGAGUAUAACGGCACCUUCUAAGAAGAAGAUUGAAAUUAGCACCAUUGCAAGUAAUUAUCACCUUGAAGUUAACCCAAGUGAUGCAGGAAACAAUGACCGUGUGGUAAUUCAGGAGCUCUUGAAGACAGUGGCACAGUCCCAACAGCUUGAGACAAGUACUCAACGAGAUUUUAAAGUGGUGCUGUUAACAGAAGUUGACAAACUUACAAAAGACGCUCAGCAUGCUUUGCGAAGAACAAUGGAGAAGUACAUGGCGACCUGCAGGUUGAUCCUGUGCUGUAAUUCAAUGUCAAAAAUUAUAGGACCCAUUCAAAGCAGAUGCCUGGCUGUACGAGUGCCCGCUCCUAGCAUUGAAGAUAUCUGCCAUGUCUUGUCCAGUGUGUGUAAGAAAGAAGGCCUGACUCUUCCUCAGGAACUGGCUCAAAGGAUUGCAGAGAAAUCUGGCAGGAAUCUUCGGAAGGCACUACUUAUGUGUGAGUCAUGCAGAGUACAACAGUAUCCUUUUACUGCUGAUCAAGACAUUCCUGAGAUGGACUGGGAAGUUUAUUUGAGAGAAACUGCAAAUGCUAUUGUUGGUCAACAGACACCACAAAGGCUUUUAGAAGUCCGUGGACGACUUUAUGAACUCCUGACCCACUGCAUCCCUCCUGAGAUUAUAAUGAAGGGUCUCCUGACAGAACUUCUAAAUAAUUGUGAUGGACAGCUGAAAGGAGAAGUUGCACAGAUGGCGGCCUUCUAUGAACACCGCUUGCAACUGGGCAGCAAAGCCAUUUAUCAUCUGGAAGCAUUUGUUGCAAAGUUUAUGGCAAUUUACAAGAAGUUCAUGGAGGAUGGGCUGGAUGACAUAAUGUUCUAACUCUGAUGCCUGAAGUCAUACACAGAAUGUUGUGUCAAGAUACCAAUGGUGUUGCAAAUGUCUAGUUGUCAGUGCUUGAUUACGUGUGGGUCUAGUUCUAAGUCAAAUAUUUUUAUUUUGCUGUUUAAUAAAACAAUGUUUGUUCAGCUUUAGAAACCAGAUGGAUUGUUUUGACAGCCACAAAUCCAUCUUUAGAUCCAUACAAAAUGCAUUGGCCUUUCAGAAAGACAACACAUUGCCUUGGAAGAUGUGCAAGAUCAGAGCUGCUUUGCAGUAUUUGUAAGCUGACAUUAAGAAGAGAGAACACAGGUGCUGUAUGCUUGGUUUUUGUUAAUCACAGAUGGGCAAGGCUGAAGGAAAAAUGUUUUUUCCAUGUUCUGCCAAGUUCCACCUUGAACAUGUAUGUUCUGCCUUUUGAUCUAUACAUCUUAGUGUUUGUCUGGCUUCUUUUUUUUAGCCUGAGUGUUUUCUGUGGUGUGCUCACACCAAAUGUUUUCUUUCUUUUUUCUUUGUAAGCAGUUGCAUUGAAAUUGUGGAGGAACAAUACUUUGAUGUUACUUGUAAAUCACAUGUAACACCUUGUUUAGAAGGAUUAUACCUUUAUAAAGCAAGUUCAUUUGCUGUCUGACACUCUUGGGUUUGCCUCAACCUACAUGCUGUUCAGGUAAAGGUUAGUACUUUGACUAUUUUUUUAAUGAAAGGAAAAGUUUCAGCUUUCAACAAGUAUCUUUUACCUCUUAAACUGAUAUGUGACAUUUUUAAAAUGGCAUAAUAAAUUGUAGCAAAUAUGAACAAAAAUGCUGAAUUGUUUUUUUACAGUGUCUGACAGCCUAGGUGCAUUCAUCUGCUUUGAUGUAGACAUCUUUCAGAAAGGUGGGAUAUCCCACACAUGCUGGAAGACUGAAGGGAGCCACUGAAGUUUAAAAAAAUCCAAAUCAAUACAAGCAACAAGAAAAAGUGAAAAAACAGCCUCCCAUAAUAAUAAUAAUAAUUAUGAUAAUAGUAGAAAAGCAACAAUACCUGUUGCAAAAAUACCUGUGCUGCAAGUCUUUCACGUGUUAUGUCUAUGUACCAUCGUACUAUAAAAAUUACUGAAUUCA